AUGGAAAUUUAGAUUUAAUCAGAGAAAUGUAUAUUUUCAAACACAAAUAUAUAUUCUUUUGGCCCAGCACCUAAAGCUGUUAAAAUAAAUAAUAAAAGAUUAAAAAGAGAAAGCAAAAGUUUAAUGGAAGUCUCUUUUAAAAAGAAUGAUUAAAUAAUAAUAGUUGAAAAUUGGAAAAUUUACAAUGAAGAUGUUAGUAACUUAGAGUAGCCUUAACCACCUAUAAAAAAAUUAAAGGAGACUAGCUGCACAGGCUGCAAUAUUUUCUGA